UAGGCUAGUGAGCGAUAGAUUCAUAAGCAAUAUUUUAAAAUCAACAAAGUUGAUGACUUUUUUUUAUAUUUACGAGUGUAACUGAACUCACAAGUGGUAAAGUUGUAAACAAAAAAAAAAAAAUUUUUUUUUAUUUUUCGGUGCAUAAGAAAUUAAAUGGUGAAAAUUUUUUAGUGGAGAGAUUUUCAAUAAAUUUGUGAUAUGAACAAUGACUAUAAUUGAUUGAAAGUUCGAUACUAACCGGCCUAUUUUUAUCAAGUUUCAUCAACUGGAUGCUCAAGAAUGUGCUGGAGAUGACUCGAGUGUCUUAAGGUGGCGGAGGAGAGGCUGGAUUUAGCCACUUGGGUAAACUCUUAUCUAAACGUGGCGGGUGAGGUGUCAAGAGGGUUAUGGAGAGUAACAACGGCACGGAUGGCAGUUUCAAUGCAACCGAUGCAAAUCGAACAUCGGCGUCAGUUUUCACAAUUGGUUCAGAUUUCAUGACAAAAUGGAGAGUGACACGAUUUCAAAAACAACCAAAACAAAUAUGUCGAUAUAUAUCAGAUCAUAUGAGUGCUGAAUGUAUCCAAUUAAAUGGUACUUGGUUAGAUUCCAAUGACUCUCGGUUCAACGGGGAAUACAGUGAACUAUUUCCAGAUUGGUUUUGGAAUAAUAUCACCAACAUCACAAAUUCAUCAUAUGCAGACGAAUCACUUGAUCCAGAUGAAUACACAUUACCUUUUGAACUCUGGCAGACAGUCUUGAUAGCUAUAUGUCUUGCUGCUUGCAUAGUCUUAACUAUCGGUGGAAAUAUCCUCGUGCUGUUAGCUUUUAUUGUCGAUCGAUCAAUAAGGCAACCAAGCAAUUACUUUAUAGCAUCAUUAGCCGCCACUGACAUGCUUAUCGGCACUGUAUCCAUGCCAUUCUACACUGUAUAUGUGCUAAUGGGUUCGUGGGAUCUUGGUCCUCUUCUCUGUGAUUUAUGGCUUUCGGUAGAUUACACUGUUUGUCUGGUGUCUCAGUACACGGUCUUAUUAAUCACAAUAGAUCGAUUUUGCUCAGUCAAGAUUGCUGCCAAGUAUCGGAGUUGGCGUACUAAAAACCGUGUUAUAUGGAUGGUGACAAUUACUUGGAUAAUACCAGCACUAUUGUUUUUCAUAAGUAUUUUUGGUUGGGAACACUUUGUUGGUUACAGAAAUCUAAAACCAAAUGAAUGUGCUGUACAAUUUUUAAAAGAUCCUAUAUUUAACACUGCCUUGAUAAUUGGUUAUUACUGGACUACUCUUGUAGUGCUAUUUAUUCUUUAUGGUGGUAUAUAUAAAACAGCUUAUGAUAUGCAGAAAAAAAGUGAAGCAAAGCAAAGAAAGAUGCAAUCAAUGGUAGCGCUUAGUGCUGGUGCAAUGUCAGGAAUGGCAGGCCGAGCAGCUGGUAUUGGAAUCUCAAAGACGCAAAGCACAAUACUUAGUCAAGACAAACCCAAAGAUCCAAGUGGUGGUACGUCAAGUACAAGUGUUGAUAAUGCUCAAGCUUCUGGUGAAGAUCUCAAGGAUGGUAGUGAAACCACGACCGCACGUAAGUUAUCUGCACAUCAAUCUCAAAAUAAAGAUUCCGGUAAUAAACAAAAAUCAGGAAUGGUAUCGUCAGAAAUGGAAAAAUCUGAGCGAUCAAGUAGUCCAGCAUUUGAUUCAGAUGAUGACAGUGCAGUGGCUGUUACAACAACUAGCCAGCAAUCAGCUGUGCGGAAACGAUCAUCAAUUGCUGGAUUGAUGGUUCAAACAGGCGCUCUUCAUGCAUUUGCCACCAACAACAGACUUAACGGAAUGGUUCCAAUUAACGUCGAAAUGAAUCCAAUGAUGAGAAGAUUGUCACCUACAUCUCCAUUGCUAGAUCCAGCUUCCAAAGCUCAUACACUGCCGAAGAUUCAAGAGCACAGUAUCGUAGAUGUUGAAAAUACAGUAGAACAUACAGUUGAACACGAAAAAAGUAGUACGACAUUAACACCUGAGCAAUCAUUAAGAUCUAAUGACAUUGAUUUGAGUCAUACCAUUGAGCGUAUUGAAGAAACACCACCAUCCGAAAUACGAAAUAAAAGCUCAUCAUCUGGGCAACCAAGUAUAAUUCCUCCGCCAACACAGUUUCUAGGUAGCCCAUCAAUUUCAGAGAGUACGUCAACUUCAUCGUCUAUCGACAAAACCAAAUCAUUAAUGGCCCACGGACCAGGAACCUACGACAUCAUGACCGGACUGGACGGCGCAGAUUUAAGGUAUAUGGAUGAAAGUUCAAUUAUUUUACCUAGUCCUUCCUAUGAAAGUCCACCAUCUUCUUUUUCCCUCAGCCUCGCGAAUCCUCUGUCAACGGCACCAUCAUCUCCUGUCCUCGGGCACACUGGAACAUCAGCAGCCAACACUAGUCUCCUACAAGCGGCGCUCAUCCGGGCAGCUGCUCAGCACCAAUCCGGCACAACCCAAUCACAACCUGUGCACAAUCCUCAAGUAACACACGCAUCAUCACAAACCCAUCCUCCACGUGUUUUCGUCACUCAUCAGAUCAACGCAUCGUCGCAGACAUCACCAACCGUUGUUAGUAAAGUUAAUACUGAAGUUACCGUUAAAGUUGAAGAUAUUAAGCGUCAACCAAUUACUACGGUAGUUAACACAUCUGUUGACUCGUCCAAUAAUGGCACAACGACUGAACAAAAAACAAAUAACCCACAGCAGAUGUCAUCUUCGAGCAGUGCUCUUCCAACAGUUGUCGCGGCAAAUGUUAUCAACCAAAAUCCAAAGCGUCAGUCGAAAAAAAAAGAUAAUGACAAAGAAACAGAUACCAGUAGCGGAUCACGACGUGAUUUUGUAAAGUCGAUCGGUCGACGUUUGAAAGCUAAAACACAAAAAAAAGAUCCGACAAUUGGUAGGCAAAAGUCACGAACUGAAAAUCGGGCUAGAAAAGCUUUUAGGACUAUUUCAUUUAUUUUAGGUGCUUUUGUUGCUUGUUGGACACCCUAUCAUGUCAUGGCCCUAGUUGAAGGUUUUUGUUCUCAUCGCCCCUGUACUAAUGAACAUCUUUAUAUGUUCUCAUAUUUUCUAUGUUACGCUAACAGUCCAAUGAAUCCUUUCUGCUAUGCGCUAGCUAAUCAACAAUUUAAAAAAACAUUUACGAGAAUACUCAAAGGCGAUUUUCAUAUGACGUAAAUAAAUAUUAUUGACAUAAUUAUUACUAUCAAUUUAUAGAUACACAUAAAAAAAAAUUUCUUGGCGCAAAAAAUUUUUAUUCGCCCCAAGAAAAUUUUUACUUGUCCUAAGAAAUUUUUUGCAUUAUGAAUUAGAAACGAAAAUUUUUUUGGGCAUUUGUUUACAAUCACGGCUCCACACAUUUUUCAAAGUUCCAGGUGCUUACACCUUAAAUAUACAUAAAUAAAUUUUUUCCGUGUUCAGUUAGACAGCGCAUGAAGUUUUCUCUAUGUAUUUUUCUUUAUCACUAGAUACCUAUCUAAGCCUUGCACCUCAAGUGUGUAAAAUUGAUGAAAAUGACAUGAAAUCUUGCAAAUUUUCAAAAAUACGUUUCCAAUUAUAUAAUUAAAAUUUGUAUAUAAUAUCGUAAGAUGGACGGUGGAGUUCUAUAGGUUUAUUUAAGAGCUACAAUUAUAUUGGAGCUCACGUGUAAUACUUGAAAAUUGGCAUAUUUCUGUUAUUUCUAUACUUUUGCGGUGUAGAACAGCUUACCUAACAGUUGGAUGCAAAUAAUUUGGACGGUAUCUGCCUUCCUCUACUAGUAUAGUAUUGGGUUGAAGCCCGCAACACGGCUUUAGCUCGGUGCGUACUAGUAUAAUGCGUAGUCCAAGGCAAGUGUACGGUAACAUAGCCUUGCUGACGAGUCUGUCAACCUACUUAGGACGAAACUUCUAUGUAUUUUGGCACAUAGACAUAUAUCUUAAGUUCUGGUGGUUGAUUUAAGAGUCACUGCAUAGAAUAAUGAGAAAAUUAUGUCAAUUAGUGCAGUGUAGCACGGAACUAGAAAAUAACAAAGAUAAUCUUAAAAUUAAGCAUAUUUUAUACCUUUGGUAUUAACUUAUAGCUUAGGCAAAUGUAUCUUCAAUCUGCCAUCUGCAAUUGGUUUCAAAGUAAUUUGUCUAUAUUGAGAUUUUUGUUUGAAAAAACAGGUGGCGCAGCGAUUGUACACGAGUACCUUUUUUUGAGCAAAGAAAAAAUUUCUUUCGUCAAGAAAUUUUUCUAGUCCUAAGAAAAUUUUUGGUUUCAUUAUAUAAUGCAAAAUUUUUCUUACGCCAAGAAAUCUUUUUUUCUGUGUAUAUUAAAAUAAAAAAAAAAUAUACAUAUAUAUUCAAUAUAUAUGUAUGAAUUUGGCAAAGUAAUCAAAUUUCAAUUGAGGGUAUGGUGAAUGGACAAUAAUAUAGUUUAAAAAUGUUUUUAAAUAUAAAAAAUAAUAAAAAUAUAUAGAACUACAUAAUAAUUUCUUAUAGAGUUUUGUGGGUUCAUCAAGAGUGAACAUUGACAAUAUGUUCGAUUACCAUUGUGUAUAUAUUAUUAAUUAGAUGAUUGUCGUAUUACAACUUAAUUAUAAAAAAUGUAUAUAAUGUAUAUGUGAAUAUUUAUUUAUUAUGGAUUAAGUUUAAGAUAUAUGUGACGUUAAUAUUUAAAUUAUAAACUCUAUCCUUAUUCGCGUAAAUAUCGAUUAAUGAUCUUAAUGAUUAAUCGAUGCUGAAAUAUUGCUUAGAUAAAUUGAGUAUUAUAGUUUAUAUUGUUAAAUUAUAAGUAAAAUUGUUUAUAAAAGUAACAUAGAAUUUAAAAUUUACUGUAAAUUGUAUAUUAGUAAGAAACUAAAGAAAUUGUAACGGUUUAUAAUCGUUAUGGAAGACACAAAGUGAAAUAGUCAAAUUAAUUUUUUUUUUUCUAACCGGAAUUAAACAAGAAUUCACCAUUUCAAUAUUUAGAUAAAAUUUAUAUUUAAAAAAUUUUAGUCGAUACAAUCACGGAUUGAAGUUAAUCAGUGGAUCAUAAAAAUAUCUCGAUGCACUGCCGAAAGUGGCCUACAAUUAUAAGGCCUUUUUAAAGUAAACAAUAAUAAAAAAUGAAUCAAUUCGAAUGUAAUUUAUUGUAAUCCGUGAUGGUAUUGCGAGUAUUUUUUUGUGAAAUACAAUAAUUUAGAUUAGGCAAAUUAAAUAAUUAACAAUGCGUAUUGAUUAUAUUAGGGUGGUCCGUUUGGAAGGACUAUUUUGUUUUCAUACUCCCACUUCAAAAUAUUGUUGUAGAUAUUGAAAAAAAAUUCUCUGAAAGUUCCAACCAUUAAUUUGAACUUUAAGUGGUUUACAUUCGAAUUUGAAGUUUUCCCAUUUAAAAUCCAUAGAAAAGUUAGGAUUUUUUUUUCAAUUCUCUACAGCUCAGCCGCAUUUCAAUUUAUCGGGUCGCCGUUUGCAGCAUUUUUUAGGUAAUUUUUUAAAAAAUUCGACCAAAAACGUUUUAAUUUUAAUUUUAAAUCAGUUAAUAAUUUAACAUAUUAAUGAAAAUACGAAGGUUUAAAUUUGAUAAGCUUCGGAAAAGUUUUUGACAAAUAUUUUAUUUAUAAAAUUAAUAAAAUCCCUAUAUCACGUGAACAAAGAACUUGUGUUACUUAACUAAGUGGUGCUUUUUUGUAGAGAAUCGAAUUUCCAAAAACUUCGUUAUCUGUAUUUUUACUGUAAAUUUCGUUGUUUAGUCAAUAUCAACUAAAAACCCAAAUUAUUAUUAAAAAAAUGAUUUUCAAGACUAAUACAGAAAAAACAAUUAGAGUCUCAGUAAAAUUACUACGAAGACUUCUGAAGAGUAUUAAAUUACCUGCAAAAUGCCGCGAAUGGUGAUUCGAUAACUAGAAAUGCGGCUGAGCUAUAGAGAAUAAAAAGAAAAUCCUAUAUAUUUUAAAUAGGAAAACUUCAAAAUCAAAUGUAAAGUAGUGAAAAUUAUAAUGAAGAGCUGAAACUUAAAGGGAAUUUGUUUCCAAUGUCUACAACAAUAUUUUGAAGUAGGAGUGAAAAAAAAAAGUCAUUCUAAACCGACCACCCUAGUAUAUAUACGUAGUAGAUAAAUUCAAUAAAAAUAGAAAAUGGCAGCAUAAAAUUUAAUGAGAUUAGUAAUAAUCAAUAAUAAUUGUAAUAAUAAAUAAUAAUUACGAUAAAGAUUAGUUAAACUAAUUAACUGUAAUAGAAAAAAAAAUUUUUGAUGAUAUUAUUUAUUAUGAUGAUAUUGGUACUGUAAUUUUCGUAGUAUAGGUUAACUGUACAACGUUUAACGCGAUGUGCGAUUGUGGAUAAGCGAUUAAGGGAUACAGAUGAGUGCCUCGCCGCUUAUGAGCCCCAUGUCGGCUAGGCACUCACAAUAAUCUCUUUCACAUACUCACCGCACAAAGAUUUAACGCUUAUAUUAACUUAAUCAUAAAUUGUUAAGCGACAAGUGAGACAGCAACAAAUCGAUAUUAGAUGUAAAAUAGCAAUAGACCGUAUCAUCAUUGUCCUAUUCUCCUUUAUUGCGUCUAUUAACAUAAAAAAAACAAAAAGAAGAAAACAAACAAUCUAUAUAGCUUAUAAUCCAAUAUUUAUUCCAAUAUUAUUGGCAGACGUGUCUUCAAUGCGAAGAGCAUGUGCAUACACAUUAUUAUACUCAAUUGACUGGUUUGUGUAACUAUUUAUAAUGUUUGUUAUGCUUCGCUGGACGAAGUCUCUUUUCAUAUCUUCCGACUUUCUUUUUACUAUUAAAGUACAUACAUGUUACAUAUAUAGUAAAAUAUUAAUGAAAAUGUCAAUUUACAUAUAAUUUAAUUAUCAUUGUGAUGUUUUUCUUGUAAAUAUCAUUGUAGUUUAUAAAGAAAUAUAGUUCAUAUAAAAAUAGACUUUACGACAUAGUCAAUGUAUUUUAUCGAUAUUAGAGACGAGAUUAGUUAUAAAACUCAUGCGUAUAUAUUAACUAUUUAUUUAUAACUACUUUAUUAUAUUUUUUUUAUAUAAUUUAUUCAAGCUCCCGAGUAAGAUAUGAUAGUGAAGAGAAGCAAAAUAUUUAUGGGAAGAUAUUCAUAAAAGUAAAUUAUAUAAUUCAAUAUACUUUUUUUACGUCAGCACAAUUAAAAUAACUCGACCUAUAUCAAUAUAUCUGGCAUUCUUUGCGCAAAUUAGCUUUCAGUGGGAUUGGUUGAAUUUUUAAUAUUCCGUUAAUAAACCCAAAACCCGGGAAAAAAGAUUAGAUCUAAUAAUGGGUGACAUGGUUUGGUCGGAUAAAAUUAUGAUAGGUCACGUAUCGAAUUCAGACUUGACCAAAUUUGAACAUUUCUCGGCAGAUCUAAUGGUAUCUGUUGUAUUUUUUUCUUGAUACUUUUUCAGAAUUCUUCGUAUAAAUUCAGGUCUUACCAAAAUACGAAAAAAAUAAUUUCGAUUUAUUCAGAUCUACGAAAAUCAAAUUUUUCCAUAAUUGACAUCUAUUUUGAACAGAGUCGAUUUAUUUAAAUUAAUUCUGAUCCUUGAAGGUCUCUCUAGAUCUAAAAUUUUUGAAAAAUUUUUUUAUACAGCUUUGAAAUCUCUAUAUAAAUUCUCAUUUUGAAUUCUCUUUACUUUAGUAAUUUAUCGUUUUUUAUCUUGAUCUAUGGAGCUCUAAAAAAUGAUACAAUUGAUGUCCGUAGAACAUCACUGUAUGCUAAAGUAUGUUAAAGAUCACCGUAGAUCUAAAUCAGUUUGUCCAGGAAAAAAUUUGGCAGAUAAAAUUAGGUCUGAUUAGAUAGAUCCAUCAGAUAUGGUCCGAUCGAAAUUGAAUAUCUGACCAGAUAGAGUUUGAUUUGACCAGAUCUUACUAAAUUUAAAAGUUUCUCAUGAAAAAUUGAAAUAUAAGACGCUGUUGCAUUUGGUCAAAUUUACAAAAAUCUAGUUUUUUACUACAUAGUACGAAAAACUAACAAUUUAUCAUUCUUAUCAAAUAUCGCUAAAAAUUAUGACCCAAAUAAUCUUACGUGUUACCUUACGUGUUUAGUAACAAUUUAAACUAUUUGAACCAAUUAGUUUUUUUUUUAAGAAGUAUAUAAUAAAAUUUUGAAAGUGUUUUUUUUUACUCUCUUUUAAUAUUUUAGAACAUUAACUUUGACAUAGAAAAAAAAUAUUAUGAGCUCAAAUAAAUAAAAAAAAUAUGUGUAAUAUUGUUUUCUAGCUCGAAAAUGCCGGAGAGUUUUAUAGCUGACCCACAAGAUUAAUCGGUUUACAGAUUUUUCAGUUCAUGUGAUGGUGACUAAAAGUUAGUCAUAAUUGCAAAAAAUAAAUUGUUCUACUAAUAAGAAUAUUGUACAUGCGUCUCUAUCUUAAAUACGUGCUUAUUUCACUAAAGAUUAUCGUGACAAUAUGUUUGCGGCACAUACAUUUCAUGUAUUAGGAUGUAUAAAAAAAAUCAAUAAAUUCCACUGGAAGCCAAUUACAUAAAAAAUUGCAAUAUCCUUUGACUUAAAUCAAGUGACUAUAAAAAAUUACUAGGUUACUAAAAAAAAAAUUUAAUCAAUAUGGUAAAAAAAAAAAAGUAUUUAGUAAAUAAAGCAUAUCAGGGAUCAUUCAUAAAUUAUAUAACAACCUUCGUGAGGGAGGGGGUCGUAAUUUGUUACAGGAAAAAGAGGGUUGGUCAAAAAUAAUGUCAUGUAUCCCAAAUAAAUUUCGACUUUUCGUACUAUAUCAUAUUCAAUUAAAGUACUAUUUUACUCAAAAAAUAAACUAUGUUAUGUUAUAGCGAAGGGAAGUUUGUAGGCAACUUCCUUCCUAGUGUUCGAAGACCUUGAGGGGGGGGGGGGGUAUGAAGAAGUAUAAAAAAAAGCGUUAUGUAAAUUACGGAUGAGCCCUCACAUUAAAUAUAUUAACUAUAAAUAUAUUGCUUUUCUCAUUAUAUUAAUUUAAUUUAAAUAAUACGUUUAAAAAAUUAGUAAACAUAAAGUAGAAUGAUUUUAUAAUUUAAUAUUUAUUUCAUUUAUAAUUAAACAACGCACACAUUAUUAUUUAAAACCUUAAACACUACCUCAAAUACACAAACAAAUAGAAAAAAAUAUAAAUAUAUACACAUAUAUGUACAUUAAUUGAUAAAAAUCAAAUGUGCUUCAAUGAAUGAAUCAUAGAAAGGAGAAAAUAAUUGCGAGGAUUCAGUCAUGUGAGGCUAAGAGUAAUUUGCAAGAUUGAUUAGACGAUAUCAUUGGUCUUUCGUUGGCCUAAAUCAAACAAAUUAUAAUUAUCUGUCGUUUAUGCAAACUAAACACGACCAUGACACAUUUGUAGUAUGUACAAAUAAAAAAAUAAUUUUAAAUUAUAUAUCAAAUUUAAAUAUACAAAUGAAAAAUUUUUCAUAAAACAUAUGCGACCGGAAGUAAAUAAAAUAUAAGGAAAUGUUAAAAAAAAAAAAUUAAAUUAAUAAAUAAAUUUCAUCAAUAUACUAUAUGUAGAAAAUUAUGAAUAUAUGUACAUAUAAUAUGAGGCAUAAAACAAAAAAAAGUUUUAUGCAUGCUUUGCCUGACAAUCUAAUGAGCGCAGUUAAUAAAUUAAUAAAUAGAGCAAUUUAAUAAUAUUCGAUAUGUGAUUUCAAGUAUUAUAUAAAUGUAUGUACUUGUAUCAUUAAUUGAUAUUUGUAGCAAAAUAAAUUUUAUUAUUAUUUUUAUCGUUAUUUUAAAAGCAUUAUUGUUGUUAUUAUCAAUUUGUGUUGAAGUAUUCAAGUGUAUUUUAAUUAUUGACUAUUUUUUCGCUCACCUUAAUCGCGAAGCGAAGAGGUAGUGCUCUAUUUUUUUUUUGUAUUGUAAUACACAUAACAAACUGUAAUGCCAUUACUUAUUUAAAAUUAUAGAUUUACAAUGUGUACAUUAAGAACAGGUACAAUAAAGUAACAUAAUGUGAUAUAAUGAGAAAAAUAAUCAUGUCGAAGAAUUAAUUUUUCAUUAAAUAUAUAUUGUGUAUUAUCAUUUGAUGAAUUUUAUCAUUUACCGAUUGUAAAUAAAAAUGUCUGUUAUGUAUCUAGAGUAGUAGAUUAAAUGGUAACGCUUGUAUCGAUACUCUGUUGUAAUGGAAGUAAAUAAUAACAAUUUAAACCCUUUAAAAUUAUUCCUAUAUUUUAUGUUAAAAUAUUUUUACCUAAAAUUUAACAGAAAUAUUUUGUUGAUUCAAAUGAUUUAUGUAUAGGUAAUUAUAUUGUCAUAUAUAAAUAAUAUUAAGAUAAUAAUUAUUGUCAUUAUGACAAGUCGCUCCAAAAAGAGUCUAUGCACAAUCAACUCCAU